AUGGCGACCGGCAUCAGCAACGGCAGAGGCCCAUCGACGAACGACGCGCUCCAGUCGAUCCUCGCCGCCGCGCGCCCGUUCCUCCGCGGCGACCUCGCGGCCGUCGACCCCGAGCUCCCCUCGCUCGUCUCCGUCCUCGUGUCCGCCGGCGCCGGCGAGUGCUACCACAAGCACGGCACCUUCCUCGCCCACCUCCUCGACGUCUACCGGAUCCUUCGCCUCUGGGGCGCGCCCGACGCCGUCGCCCGCUGCGGCCUCUUCCACUCCUCCUACUCCAACUCCUACGUCAACCUCGCCAUCUUCGAGCCCGACGUCAGCCGCGCCCGCGUCCGCGGCAUCGUCGGGGCCGCCGCCGAGCGGCUCGUGCACCUCUUCUGCGUCGCCCCGCGCCACGCGCUCAUGCACGACGACCUCCACCUCCGCUACACCGACGCCGAGCUCCGGACCACCUCGCCGCCGCCGAUGCCUCCCUCCAGGCCGCGCACUCCGGCGGGGGCAGCCGGGGGACAAGGUGGAGCCGUGGCGCGUGAAGCUGCGGUCCGUGGUGCCGGAGGAGGGCGUGGUGGUGCCGCACAUCCGGACGGGGGAGCCGGUGGCGCUGUCGCGGCGCGUGCUGGCGGUGUUCGUGCUGAUGACCGUCGCCGACUUGAGCGACCAGUACACGGACUACCAGGACAAGCUGUUCCGCAACGACGACGGGCGCCUGGAGUUCGCCGGCGACAACUGGACCGCGCUCUGGCCGGGGACCGGAAAGCCCGGGCUGUGGAUGAGCGCCAUGUCCAGGCUCGCCGCGCUGUACCGCCUCAUCGCCACCGACGAGCAGCUCCGCCACAUGGAGGAUGGGACCCCGGCGAACAGAUCGCGGCGAGGGACCUGUACUGGGAGGCGAUCUGCAGCGACGGCAAGGAAGGUGUGGAGUCGCUGCUGCGGCGGUGCAUCGCGAAGAACCCGUACGUGGGGGAGCCGUGGCUGGUGCUGGCUCAGGUGCUGCUGAACGGCGGAGGGAGGUGGGAGGAGGCGGAGGCGGCGGCGGCGGAGGGGCUGAGGCUGGUGCUGGAGUGGGGCAGCAGCUGGGACAAGAGGAUGUCGUGGGAGGGGUGGGUGUCACGGGGGAGGGUGAUGAGGGACAAGGCCAAGGAGAAACAAUGUCCGCGCUCCGCCUGGGGCAUCAUCAACCUCGGACUCGUCAAGCAGAUCCACGAACACAACUAG